CCAAGGCCGCUCAACCGGCGGGCUGCAGCCCUGCACGCGCAGGGACGCGGGGCCGCAGCUGACCAACUUCUGCGGCCUGCGGGGCGGCGGGAGUGGGAGCGUGGGCCGCCUCCGCCCGGCCCGCACCCUACCCGCGACCGGCAAGUACCCGGCACCCCGCACCCUGGGCCCGCAGCUGCGUGUGGAGCGCAGCCCCGCCGUGUUCCUGCAGCUACGCAACUCGAUCGCGGCCCCCGCCCACUCGGGGCAGGAAAACCCUCCCGAGGCUGGGGACUAUGGCUGCUGCUCCUGCGCCCGAGCGAAACGUGGUGUCUGCAGGGACCCGCUGGUGUGACGGAGCUCAGGCCGGGGAGGCGCCACGAGAGGCUCGCGAGCUGCGAGAACUUGGAGCUCCCCUUCUCUUUCCAGCCUGGGAAAGUGGGAAUGGGCGGCUGUGUCGGCGCGGGGACUCUGGGGGAACAGUGCUGUGUGUGGCUGGAACCGGGGACUGGGCUCCAGGGUCCUGUGCAGCAUCAUAAACAGUGAAGUAUAGUCAAGUCCAAAAAUCCCUCCAGAAGAGGAAGGAGCCAGCACUUCUGUGUGACCGCUCUGUUGGCUUCCUCUGCCCCUGCUCUGCCCUCAUUGGCUUCUGGAUUGGAGCCAGGCUUCCAGCAGGAACUUUUCCCAAGGGAUGGGCAGCUGCUGAAGGAGGUCUUACUGCCAGGGCUUAGUUGGCCACACCAUGAACCUCCAGGCCCAGCCCAAGGCCCAGAGUAAGCGGAAGCGUUGCCUCUUUGGUGACCAGCAGCAAGCUGCCAAGGACCAGCCACCCCUGCAGGCUCCACCACCCCUACAGGCUCCACCACAGUCCCUCAGAGCGAAGGAGGAGCAGUACGGGACCCACGAGGGUCCUACAGGAGUUGCCUCCACCUCCCAGCCUGUGGAGCUGCCACCUCCCAACAACCUGUCCCUGCUGAACUCUGUGAUGUAUGGAUCUGAGCGGACCACAGCAGCCAUGUUGGCCCAGCAGGCAAGCUCAGUGAAGUGGCCUAGCCCUGUGAUAGGUCCAGGACCAGGCCUGGAGCGUGGAGGAGGUGGGGGCAUCAGUGACAGUGGCUGGCAGCAACAACCUGGCCAGCCUCCACCCCAUGCUGCAUGGAACCGCCUGUCCCUCUACAGUGGACCCAAGGGGAACCCUCAUCCAGGCGUGGGAGUCUCUUACUAUAACCACCCUGAGGCACUGAAGGGGAACAAAGCAGGAGGUCCACAACUGGACCACUAUGGAAAUGCAGUGCGGCCUAUAGUGCCACAGAAGGUACAGUUGGAGAUGGGGCGGCCCCAGGCAUCCCUGAACUCUUUCCAUGCAACCAAGAAACCCCUGAACCAGACACUGCCCUUGCAACCCUUCCAGCUGGCAUUUGGUCAUCAGGUGAACCGUCAGGUCUUCCGGCAGGGCCCACAGCCCUCCAACCCCACUGCUGCCUUCCCUCCUCAGAAGCAGCAGCAGCAACAGCAGCAACAGCAGCAGGUAGCCCUGCCUCAGAUGCAGCUCUUUGAGAACUUCUACCCCAUGCAGCAGCAGCCUUCUCAGCAGCCCCAGGACUUUGGCCUGGCACCAGCUGGGCCACUGGGACAGACCCACCUGGCUCACCACAGCAUGGCCUCCUACCCUUUCCCUCACAACCCAGACAUGAACCCAGAACUGCGCAAGGCUCUCCUGCAGGAGUCUGCCCCACAGCCUGUGCUACCUCAGCCCCAAAUCGCCUUCCCACGCCGAUCUCGACGCCUCUCCAAGGAGGGGAUUCUGCCUCCCACCACCCUUGAUGGGGCUGGCACCCAACCUGGGCAGGAGCCCACGGGCAAUCUGUUCCUCCAUCACUGGCCUUUGCAGCAGCCACCACCAGGCUCUUUGGGACAGCCCCACCCUGAAGCUCUGGGAUUCCCAUUAGAACUGAGGGAGUCACAGCUGCUGCCUGAUGGGGAGAGACUGGCACCCAACGGUAGGGAGCGGGAGGCUCCUGCCAUGGGUAAUGAGGAGGGCAUGAGGGUAGGGGGCACAGGGGACUGUGGACAGAUGAUAAGAGGUGGAGUGAUCCAGAGCACAAGACGGAGGCGCAGGGCGUCCCAGGAGGCUAAUUUGCUGACCCUAGCCCAGAAGGCAGUGGAGCUGGCCUCGCUGCAGGCUGCAAAGGAUGCCAGUGGCCCUGGAGAGGAGAAGCGGAAAAGUGUUUUGGCUUCAACUGCCAAAUGCGGGGUAGAAUUUUCUGAGCCUUCCUUAGCUGCCAAACGGCCUCGAGAUGAGAGUGGGAUGGUGCCCCUCAUCAUCCCAGUGUCUGUGCCUGUGCGGGCCAUGAAUCCAACCGAGGUGGCCCAAGCUGGAGGUGUUGAUGAGGACGGGAAGGGUCCUGCACAGAACCCCAUUGAGCACAAGCCAUCAGUCAUCGUUACCCGAAGGCGGUCCACGCGUGUCCCUGGGGCAGAUGCUCCAGCUCAGGCUGAGGAUCUGAAUGUCAAGUUGGACGGGGAGCCUUCCAUUCGGAAACCAAAGCAACGUCCGAGGCCUGAGCCCCUCAUCAUCCCCACCAAGGCGGGCACUUUUAUUGCCCCUCCUGUCUACUCCAACAUCACCCCUUACCAGAGCCACCUGCGUUCUCCUGUCCGCCUGGCUGACCAUCCCUCUGAGCGGAGCUUCGAGCUGCCCCCUUAUACACCACCCCCCAUCCUUAGCCCUGUUCGAGAGGGCUCUGGCCUCUACUUCAAUGCUAUCAUAUCAACCAGCAGCAUCCCAGCCCCUCCUCCCAUCACACCAAAGAGUGCCCAUCGCACCCUGCUCCGCUCUAACAGUGCUGAAGUCACCCCACCCGUCCUCUCUGUGAUGGGAGAAGCUACUCCUGUGAGCAUCGAACCACGGAUCAACGUGGGUACCCGGUUCCAAGCAGAAAUUCCCAUGAUAAGGGACCGUAUCCUGGCAGCUGCAGAUCCCCACAAGGCUGACUUGGUGUGGCAGCCGUGGGAGCACCUCGAGAGCAGCUGGGAGAAACAGAGACAAGUGGACAACCUGCUGACAGCAGCCUGUUCAAGCAUUUUCCCCGGUGCUGGCACCAACCAGGAACUGGCCCUGCACUAUCUGCAUGAGUCCAGGGGAGACAUCCUGGAAACGUUGAAUAAGCUGCUACUGAAGAAGCCCCUGCGACCCCACAACCACCCACUGGCAACUUAUCACUACACAGGCUCUGACCAGUGGAAGAUGGCUGAAAGGAAGCUUUUCAACAAGGGCAUUGCCAUCUACAAGAAGGAUUUCUUCCUGGUGCAGAAGCUGAUCCAGACCAAGACUGUGGCCCAGUGUGUGGAGUUCUACUAUACCUACAAGAAGCAAGUGAAAAUCGGCCGCAAUGGGACUCUUACCUUUGGCGAUGUGGACAUAAGUGAUGAGAAGUCAGCCCAAGAAGAGGUUGAAGUGGACGUUAAGACUUCUCAGAAGUUCCCAAGGGUACCUCCUCCCAGAAGAGAGUCCCCAAGUGAAGAGAGGCUGGAGCCCAGGAGGGAAGUGAAGGAGCCUGGGAAGGAGGGGGAAGAGGAGAUGCCAGAAACCCAAGAGAAGGGGGAACAGGAAGAGGGUCGAGAGCGCAGCCGGCGAGCAGCUGCUGUCAAGGCUACGCAGACACUACAGGCCAAUGAGGCGGCCAAUGAUAUCCUCAUCCUCAGGAACCACGAGCCCAAUGCCCCUGGGACCGCAGGUACUCAGACCUCUGAGAAGCCAAGGGAGGGGCCAGGGAAGUCACGGAGGGCGCUACCUUUCACCGAGAAGAAGAAAAAGCCCGAGGCAUUUAGUAAGACCCAGAAUCAGGAGAACACUUUCCCUUGUAAAAAGUGCGGCAGGGUGUUUUACAAAGUGAAGAGCCGCAGUGCCCACAUGAAGAGUCACGCGGAGCAGGAGAAGAAGGCCGCGGCGCUGAGGCUGAAGGAGAAGGAGGCAGCAGCAGCAGCCGCCGCCAUGCACCAGCAGGCGCUGAGGGAAGAGAGCGGCGAGAGCGAGAAGGGCUGAGGACCAGCUGGACCCUCUAGCUGGUCUGCCCUACCUCUGGAAGGAGCCAGGAGAGGGUCACGUGGACUUUGCUCUGCAAAACAAUGAAAUAAAUGGCUCUUUUAUUUACAGAGGCCUGGGAACUGUGUUAAGGGCUGCAGGAUCCAGUUCUCUGCAACUGGCUUGGGAGUUGUUUGCUCCCCUGGGGGCACGCGUCCGCAGCUGCCUCUGAUCCCUUGCUGCUGCCAGCUCUGCAUCGCUGCCUCCUGCACCUGUCUCUAGGAAGCCACCGUGGCAAGCCAAGCACAAGCUCACCCCAUCACAGCAUUAUUCCUCCAGAGGAACUGGAAGGCUGCAGGAGCCUUUCCCCAAGCCCCAGAUAAAGGGGUUCCUUUGCGAGACCGUGGUGGCCCUACAUCUGUGCUGUCCCAGCUUAACAGCAUUCAGGUGGGAGCAUCUCCAGUGUCUUCUCUUUAGGCCACCUUCUCCCUAGGAGUAACGUGUAGGCCAGUUACAACCCCUUUGCCGCUUGUUAGCCCUACCUAGGCUGAAGUUUUCUCAAAGGUUUGGGAAAGGGGUCAGUGUUCAUGUCUUCUCUCAGCCUGCCGCAGGGAAGGGAAACUACAGAGGCCAGAAGAUGCAAAGCUAGGCCUGAGGAAGCUUUUGACAAGCCUGACUCUUCCUGCUUCCUACCAUUUUGCCAAGUACCUUUGGGUCCCAGAGGCUACUAACGGAGAUAACCCAUAAGUAGGGCCAAGCGAGGCCUGGACUGCCCUUCCGGUGCCAGCUCCCUUGCCUCUGUCCUGCUUGCAGCAGCUGCCACCUAACCCCACCUGCACCUCUGCUGGCAUUGAUAGUCACAGUCUAGCCCCCAGUCCUGCAUGCUGGAGAUUUCUGGAUCCUUCCCCAGUAGUGGUUGGGGGGUGGGGGGCUGUCUCAUAACUAGAUUGGACAGGAGCCUUCAUUCCUUGACUUACGUCAUUCGGGAGCUAUUUAUUUAUUCUUAAUAUUUAAUUUUUAACAUCCUCUCAGGGACCAGGGGCCUCCUGCUUUUCAGAGGUCCAAGUGCAUUUAUCCCCAAAUAAGGCACCUUUUUGGCAUCCCCAACCCCAUUCCCAAGGCCCUAGGGUUCCUUACCAUGUUGCUCUGGAAGUUCUUGCGAGUAGGAAUGAUAGCACUGAAAGGGGUGGGAAGGGGGAGUAUGCUAUAAAAGCCACAGGAAGCCUGCAGAUUUGGUGAGAUCAAAGGCCUUCAUAUAACUGUCCCUUCUAUACUUUGAAAAUGCUUAAGUGAGUUGGCUGGAGGCCAGAAUUGUAGUUUUAUGUUUAUCAGGCCUGGAUUCUGGCUUGAAGAAACCAUAUUUGGCAUGAAAUCACUGAAGUGAAAGGGCCAGAAUGUUCUAGAGGCCCCUUCACUUGCCAAUUCCAUAGGGGGUCCAAGUUAUUUUUCCCACUAUUACUCAACUUUAGUUGUGAAAAAGAAAUUCUAAGUGAAUGUGUAUGACUGGUCGAUGUAUUGGGAAAGAGUCCUGUCCUCCCCCCCGCCCCCCCCCAAAAAAAUUGGAGAUGGAGUUUUGUUUUCAAACUAUGCACAAUUGGGUAUUUUUCAAAUUUAUUUAUGCAUUAAUAUGGUUCUACAGGACCUGGCUGUGGGGGUAACAGGAUGUCCCUCUAGACACCUGGAUAGCUACCUAGACCUUCAGUCUCCCUCUUAGUUUCUUUUAUAAGUGUCUACAAACUUAGAGUCCUGAGAUUGCAAAAAUCUGAUAUACUCUCUAGAAGCAGGAGGGCAGCAAAUUUAGGCUCUCUUCUAAAUCACGUGUAUAAUGAGUGCCUUCAUGCUUAGCCCCAAAGUGCUACUUAUGUUUCCCAAGGUUUUUCUAUUUAAACCAUAUUUGGCUUCAGACCCCUUUAUGGUUGGACAUGCGCUAUCAGAAACCUCCUUUGGUCACAUGAGCCUCUCCUGUUCAGUGGUACAAACUAGUGCUUGGAAAUCAUUUUUAAUAAAGUGAUUCUAUUCUUCUAAGAGCACAGAGACCAGACCAGGUGAAUGUAACCAGAAAAGAUCAAGCUGGUACCACUCAGUAUUAAUCCCACCAGAUGCUGUAUUUUAGGAGAGUCCAUGCUCCAGGAUGCAUUUGAAUUGAGAAUGCAGUGUGAACACUGAAAUGUUUAGAGGGCAAAUGCCAUCAUGAAAAGUAUCCCGCCGAAAAAGUAGGUGCAGCUGCAGAAGCUGGCACAGGUAUACCCUUAUUGGUGCUUUCUCCAUGUGAACAAAUUGGGCUUGGUUUCUGUUGUUUUUCCUGCCUAGUCAGAGUUUUUUACUUUAAAAAUAAAUGAUAAACACCUUCAGCUUUGCAAUGUCCCCCCUGCACCAUCUCAUCCUAUCUGCCUCCCAGCCUCCACCUACAUUCAGCAAAGGUGAAACUGAUGUAGUACCUGUGUUCUCCACCAUUUCUGUGGUCUCUUACCCAUCUAAGGAGACAGUGCCAUCAUUUCUGUCCUCCAUGCCUUCAGCAGCCCCUUCACAGCUAAGAUACAUGCCUGUCCCCAUGCCUCCCACCUCCAGCCCUGGCACAGAGGUCUUGUGCUGCUGAUGUCUAAAGGGAUCGCCUAUAUUUAACUGCCUCGGUGACCUAAUCUCUUCUCAUUGCCAGAUGUUAAGAUGGAAGAACACAACACAUGUUUAAGCCUCAGCUGUCUAAAUGUUUUUAUUGGGACUCACUUUUCUGGUUUGUUAUUUAUUACCAGACUGGCAACCCUAACUCCUUAGGUUUACAGAAAGUAUGCAUAUUUUUAUAAAACAAUUGUUGUGUUCAACCCACAUUUGGCUGUAUUAAUAGUUGCCUCCAAAAAUUGCAGCUGUUUUGCCUUUCCCUCAUUAGUCUCUAAGUUGAGGGCCAUGUUGGAGGGACAGCACAGGAACAGCCUUGAUAGUGUGUAAUUAUUGUAUAAAUAUUUUAAGAGCAUAUAAAAUAAGUAUAUUCCUUUUAUUUUGAAACAAAAAUGAUCAGACACUGCCUUUUCACGUGUUUGCUGCCUGUGGCA